UUUAUCACGUGACCCAGCUCCAUCGUAAAUAUUUUUCUCAUGAAAGUGAUUUAUCCCCGAUGUGGCUUUUUAAACUGUAUUAAUGACCUUACGACUUUACGUUUCCUUAAUUUAAACGACGUGGGAUUAGUUCAGCACCUCUAAUCUAUUUAAAUAGUGAAGCUAAGCAGAAAAGAUGAACGUAGAUCUUCCGCAAACAGGACAAACUGGAGCAGCAGCCACAUCCACCAGCAGCAGCAGCAACUGCGUCCCGAACAGCACCUCUGCCGCGAACGCCAGCAGCAUCCCUGCGGUCGGCAGCGGUAAUGUCUCAAUCUCAGCUGCCAUGGCAACCCCAUCAUCUGACACCGUGUCAAAUGGCGUGUAUGUGCCCACAGGUAUCGCCAAUGGCGAUGUAAAGCCUGUUAUCUCAACUACACCACUGGCUGAUUUCCUAAUGCAGUUGGAGGACUACACUCCCACAAUCCCAGAUGCAGUCACAGGAUACUACCUCAACCGAGCUGGUUUUGAAGCAUCAGAUCCAAGAAUAAUCCGUCUCAUCUCCCUGGCUUCUCAGAAGUUCAUCUCAGACAUUGCAAAUGAUGCACUGCAGCACUGCAAAAUGAAGGGCACAGCUUCUGGAAGCUCCAGAAACAAGACCAAGGACAAGAAGUACACACUGACAAUGGAAGAUCUGACUCCGGCCCUGUCAGAAUAUGGCAUAAAUGUUAAGAAACCUCACUACUUUAUAUGAGAAUUUUUGCCUCACAAAAAACAGACUGCUGGAAAUGUGCUGUUUGUCACAUCAAAGCUUUGAAGAUAUUGUCCUGUAGCGCACGAACGAUUAGCCCACUGGGCCAGAAAAGGAACCUUUGGGGAUAUAGCAUCUUUUUUGUAUUUUCUUUAAACAUAUUUGAGUUCUUUGAUUUCACCACACCUUAUGUGACUUUAGUUGACAUCAGUAAAAUUCUCUAUAAAUAAAUUAAUUAUUAAGUUAAUUGGUUGUCUGUAUAAAAUGAUUAAAGGAUUUAAUUGUCUUAAUUUUACACUAGAUAACUUGUGAAUUUGCUUGUAAAUUUGUAACAUCAAUAUAUACACUAUAUGAAAUUGUAUACUGACACCUCACCCUCAUCUUCACUUUAUAGAUUUAGUUUAACACCAUAUGAGGCUUCAGUUGUAAGGAGUUGCAGUAUUAAUAGAAUCUGCUCUCAGAUUUCCCUCUUAAGAAUAGUAGGAUACAGUAUGCCGCAAAGCAGCACUGGCUGUAGAGCGCUUAUUAAUAACCAUCUGGUAUCAACCAAAAAUAAAGAGUUAUAAAUACUAGCCUUUGCUAUUUACUCUUUGCAAUUGCUUUUCCACUGUAUGCGCACACAGGGAAAUAUAAUGUGGAUUUUUCAAACAAUGCUGUGAGCGAGUUAUGUAAAACACAUUCAAUAAAUCAUUCAAGUUUCGAAAUUUCUGAUUUGAUUUGCAUAUUUACCAGGUAACUGAUAUGACAAGUAACUAGAUUACUAAUCAAAAUGAGAGCCUUUCCCCAUUUCCACUGUGAAGAAAAAAAAUUCUGUACACCAAUUUAUCUCCCCUGUUUAUUUCAUGGUGCUUUCUUAACCUCAUUAAACAUUCAUUUACAAGGCAAGUAAACGCUGUUGUGUGCCCACAUAAUGAAAAUCCAACAACAAAAUAUUGUAGUUCGUCAUGAAAUAUAAAAAGGGCAAGCCCAAACCGACAUGGCAAAUCAGACCUUAAACAGAGAAAAUACAAUUUUAAGACUACAUUCAGUAGUAUCAGUCAACAUUCUUGCUUUUAUCAAAUAAUGUGCUAUAUUUCAACACAAUCCUGAUGCAGUCAGUGAAGUCAUGUGUAAAAUAAUCUGAAGUGAGUGAAACUCAGCUUCUUUACAGUGGAAAGGUACAAAAAUACUUUGGCACAUUGUCGCUGGGUGAGACAAGAAUGAAACUUUUUCUGAGAGCAACAGUGUGGUAACUGUUUUGUGAGCGUGUGUGUUUUAGUGUUAUUCUAGUUGGGCACCUGCUAACUGUAUUUUGGAUGUGCAUGCUUUGAUGUUGUGAGAAAAUAAAAAAAAAAAGAA